GUUGAUCGCUUCGAAGAGUGCAUUCUAUCUAAUGUAAUCAACAUUCGUCAAUUAUUUGCUAGUUCCACGAUGUGUGCCACCACACAGUUGCAUUCAUCUAACAUUUUCUUUCCCCAUCUAAAGCAGCUUACGCAAUCCGUAUGAUCCGCACACAUGGUUUCCUUUUUUCACCUUACACUCUUCUUUAUGAAUAAAUGUGCCAUCCUCUUCCUGUCCGCGAUGCAAAUUCAUGCAAUAUUAGUCUGAUAUACUUACCACCUGUCUCAAUAAACGCUGCAAGAAAACUGGUCAGCUGAUUAUCGGAGAAACGAUGCAGGCCAAGCCAAACCUCUACUUCCGUAGCUAGCGGAUACCGGACUCUUGGGAGAAAGGGUUUAGGGUAUGGACAACUGGUUCUUGCGUAUGCUCGAUGCGGACAAAUCACACGUAAACACCGUUACAGCCAAGUUUAGUUAUGCCCUGCUAAGCUUCUGGAAUCGUGUGUACACUACUAAUAAGUGUAACGGUAACAAUUCAUCUUCUUUGGCUCGGUAUAAUUGUAUGAACUAGAUUCCACUCUUCGAAGACAACAUUGGAGUGAUCUUAAGAUACGCUUGGAGGCUUUGGAACAGGGAUUUUUGACAUCCUGAUUAUUCUUAUGUGUUGCAUAGUCGCUGCCAGCGGAUAGGACUUCACCAUUGUAGUUCCAGUCAUAAGGAAAGUGAUGAUGUUUCAGUACAUUUGUUUCGCUUCGAAUGGAUUGGAACACAUCAUAAACGGAUAUAGAAAAACAAUCCUGUAACAAAUAUUUGAAACACAGAAUGGAUGGUUAAUUUAGGGAAAUUGAUAAUUUAACGUGACUCUAAAUUGCAAUCUUUUUAAAGGAAUUGGUCUGAAUGUUAUCGCAGGCAUUUUUAAGAGAUUUGUCUGAAAAGUAUUGCAAGUAUUUCUAUUCCAUUUUUCAAGUAUGUUCGUCUAAAAAAUGCUUUUCAAUUGGUAAAAUGGAUAAUGAGACAUACCGAGUACUAGCAUAGCCAUUAGUAAUAUCGAAUUAACAAAAACCAUACCCAACAUAUACCGUACACUGCCUUACCGUACAUCGUAAUUCUGCUUUCUUACUGUUCAACUUCAAGUGGUCAAGAGUUUAAAAAACAUUCAUUUUAGCACAUUUUUGUCCAAACUUUGAACGUUGCAACGGUCAAUUCAACAGUAGAUUUCGAAUUAAAUUAUGUCGAUGAUGGUCUCCGACAUCGACCAUGGUGCAUAGUGGUUAUCGUUUUGAUCGUCAAACACGCAUGUCCAAAUGACAGGUUGGCCAGCACAAUGUCACAACAAACAUCCGUAAAUAAAAAAUAUAAAAUUGUGAAAAGGUUCCUGCCAGCUUCAUUGAAGGUUUAAUUUUCAUUUAUCUAUUUUUACUCUUGACUGAAAACUUGAAGCUGUCCAAGUUCUCGCAACUUUUCCAAAUUUUUUGUCAGUCUGUCUGUAUCGCCGCAACUUUUAUUUUUGAUAUUCCAUUGUCGGGGACUUUUUUUUACACAAAUCAACUUCUGUCGCAGUUCUUAGUAAUAAGGUCUAAUGGGAAAACUUACGACGAAUCCGUCGCAUUCAACAACAUCGUCGUCGUCAGCAUCAUCAUCAUCAAAACAGGUGUACCAACACAGAACUUUGGAGCAAAUCGGGAAUGAAUUAGUGCAAGAAUGCAAAGCCUGUACCGACAAUUCGCGCCUCUCGAAAGGGCUACGCGAACGCCUGGAGCGACUCCCGAGAAAGAUGCGAAAGGAAGUUGUGAAACGACCGAGCGACGGCUGCUCGCCACUAUUCAUUGCCUGUCGCCGAGGAAAUGUGCACAUCACGGAGUAUUUGAUUACGGUAUGCGAGGCGGACAGCGAACAGAAAGGAAUGUACGAAGUACCCGAAGAUCGCUCAAUCCACUGCGUUACUCCACUCUGGUGUGCCUGCGUUUCCGGCAAGCUUCCGGUGGUAAAAUGUCUCGUCCGUCUUGGUUCUAACAUAAAUGCACUUUCGGACACCGGAUCAACGCCGUUGCGUAGUGCUUGUUUCAUGACACACAUCGAUAUUGUUCAAUUUUUGGUGGAACACGGAGCGGACAUAAAGAAGCCCAACUACAACGGAGGCACGUGUUUGAUUAACUCCGUACAGUCGGUCACACUGUGCACGUAUCUCAUCAGCAAAGGAGCGGACGUGAAUGCCCGUGACAUUCAGAACAAAACGGCACUACAUUACGCGAUUCAGGAGCACCGUCUAGAGACGGCCCAAUUGCUGCUUGAGCACGGUGCCGAUCCAUUCGCUAAAUCCCACUAUGGUGAUGAUGCGCUCCAAACUGCCUGUCUCAAGGGAGCCUAUCACAUAUUCGAUUAUUUGAAAAAGCGCAUCAACUACUCUGCCGAACGUUUGGCAGAUGCGCACGAGUUGUUUGGGUCAACGCUUAUUGAUGAUCUCAACGUGACGCGCGGCGCAGUUCUCCACUGGCGGUUGGCGCACCAGAUUCGCUUGCGGGAAGCCGAGUAUAUACCUAAGAAACCAGCCAUGGAGUCGCGAGCGGCUUACGGCUAUGCGUCCGAGUUCACCACUAUCCCGGAACUUGACAAUAUUGCAGCAGACAUGGACGCAAUGCGCGUGCAGAGUUUGCUCAUCUACGAGCGUAUUCUCGGCAUUGACCACAGGGAUACACUGUUUCGCUUAAUGUUCCGUGGUGCAUCAUACGCCGAUGCGCAUCGCUUUCAGCGUUGCAUUGACCUUUGGCUGCUCGCACUGCAGGUACGGGUGCAAAAAUAUUCCAUCCUGUACUCGGAUACCUGCUUAACGGCACAAGCUCUCGUACGAUUGAUGUUGGAUCUUAUUGAUGGGUACGACGAAAUGAUGCCCGUGGAAUUAUACGAAGGUAGCGUACCGCGAUUCGAGGACGUGUAUGCCGUUUUUAGCAUCCUGACCGCCAACAUAGCGGUGGCCCGGCAACUCAUCACAAUCCGGCCAGUUCAUCGGAAGCAGCAAGAAAACUUUGAUCGCGUCAUGAAAUGCCUUACGCACUUGAUGUAUCUAAUGCUAGCCACAGCCAAAACGGACGCGGAUCGUAACGCAAUCUACAAAUCGGUACACACGCUUGUCCACAGCAAGGUGCGCAGCGCCAUCACCAAUGACACGUUGCUCCAUCUGUCCGUGUCCCGUUUGAACGUGAUAAAGAGUGGCUAUUUCAGUGACGAUUCCGCCUUACUUAGAAUCGUAUUUCCAAGCUUGAACGUGGCGAAGCUACUGCUAGACUGUGGAGCCGAUGUGAAUGCGAAAAAUGAAUCCAAUUCCACACCCCUGCUGGUUGCUGCUAUGCCUUACAACUAUGAUCGUGAUGUGAUUCACACGCUGCUUGAGUACGGCGCUCAUUUGGAUGAACCGAAUCGGCAGGAUGAUCGCCCAUUAAACUUAAUACGCAACAAUCCCAUCAACGACAUUCCGACGUUAAAUUAUCUUCCACUAAAGUGUCUCUGUUCGACGGUGAUCGUGCGGUUUGGCAUACCGUACCGCAACCAGAUACCGAGAACGCUUGAAGAAUUUGUCAAACGACAUGAACCGUACUAAGUCAAAUGGUUCCGGUAGUGAUGUAGCUGUUCGUAAGUAUACUUUCGGAUUGGUUGGCCUCAAUAUCUGGUUAAAAUGGAACCAAUUGGUCGUUCGUUUUUGGGUUCAGCUAUGUUCUAAAUCUGUGAUUUUUGUAAAGCACUAUCAGUAGGAUUCAAUUGAAAGUCGUUUGCUAUAAUUGAACAAAUAUUUUACUAUUGCAGCACAGUGUCUAGGAGCUAUCUGUCAAUUUCUUAGCAAUAAUUAGCUUGUUUGAAAACAUUCAACAAAGCUUUUGGGGGAAAAAAUAUAAUAUAAUUGUGGCUAUAAAAAAGAAACAAACCACUUCAAAUAAAAACCAAAUUACAAA